CCAAAAAACAAGUGAGGAAUGUGUGUCCUUCAUGUACUAUGGAGAAUUUGUUUCUUUUUUUACUGAAAUUCAUGAACACACGCACACACCAGAUGUGACCCAUGUUCCAUUUCUGCUUCAUUUACUUUCAGCUAAAGACUGGAGGGGUAUAGUACUGCUGGUUAAUCGUUACGUCUUCAGACAGACUACACUUCCGAGCGUUCUGGAUACUGACAGUUAAAGUGACGUUCAGACAAGGGGUCUACCUGUCCUGUGUGCAGGGGCCAUGGCCUUCCUGGGAGUAGCCAUGCGGAGGUUGGUGGGGGGCUGGUCCCCCGUCUCUCCCCUGACCCGUGCCUCCACCCGCUGCUACAGCUCGGAGCCCACCAAAGAGAAGAAUGUUCCCUACGAGAUCACAUUAAAACAGGAGGAGGGCGUCACCAGCGGGCCCACCAAACCCCUCCCCCGAGCAGCGGAGGCUGUGGUGAUUGGAGGGGGCAGCCUGGGGUGCCAGACCCUGUACCACCUCGCAAAGAUGGGCAUGACCAACGUGGUACUGCUGGAGAGGGACCGUCUGACUGCUGGCACCACCUGGCACACAGCAGGCCUGCUGUGGCAGCUCCGGCCCAGUGACGUGGAGGUGGAGUUGCUGGCCCACACCAGGAACGUGAUCAGCAAGGACCUGGAGGAGGAGACGGGCCUCCACACAGGCUGGAUCCAGAACGGAGGCCUCUUCAUCGCCUCCAACAAGCAGAGGCUGGACGAGUACAAGCGCCUCAUGUCGCUAGGGAAGGUUUAUGGGAUUGAGUCCCAUGUGCUGUCACCGGCUGAGACCAAGGACCUGUACCCGCUGAUGAACGUGGAUGACCUGUACGGAACGCUGUAUGUGCCCAAGGAUGGCACCAUGGACCCAGCAGGCACCUGCACCACCCUCACCAGGGCAGCUUCUGCCAGGGGGGCAACGGUGAUCGAGAACUGCCCGGUAACAGGUAUCCAGGUGAGGACAGAUGACCUUGGUGUGAAGAGGGUAAAGGCUGUAGAGACCGCCCACGGAACCAUCGAGACAUCCUGCGUCGUCAACUGUGCUGGUGUGUGGGCCACCAAGCUGGGGGACAUGGUGGGUGUUCGGGUUCCCCUCGUCGCCAUGCACCACGCCUAUGUAGUCACAGAGAGGAUUGAGGGCAUUCAGAACAUGCCCAAUGUAAGGGACCAUGAUGCAUCUGUCUACCUUCGUCUCCAAGGAGACGCACUCUCUGUUGGAGGCUACGAACAGAACCCCGUCUUCUGGGAUGAGGUGUCUGAUAGCUUUGCGUUCAGCCUGUUUGACCUGGACUGGGAUGUGUUCAUGCAGCACAUAGAGGGAGCCAUCAACAGAGUUCCUGCCCUGGAGCAGACUGGCAUCAAAUCUACUGUCUGUGGACCUGAGUCGUUCACAGCGGACCACAAGCCCCUGAUGGGUGAGGCGCCUGAGGUGAGGGGCUUCUUCCUGGGCUGUGGCUUCAACAGUGCAGGGAUGAUGCUGGGAGGAGGAUGUGGUAGAGAGCUGGCUCACUGGAUUAUCCAUGGACGACCUGAGAAGGACAUGUAUGGUUAUGAUAUCAGGCGGUUCCACAACUCUCUGACGGGGAACAACCAGUGGAUCAGAGAGAGGAGUCACGAGUCAUACGCCAAGAACUACUCUGUCGUGUUCCCCUUCGACGAGCCCCUGGCUAGCCGCAACAUGAGGACGGACCCCUUUCACCAGGUGCUGACAGAGCAGGGAUGCGUGUUCCAGGAGAGACAUGGCUGGGAAAGACCAGGAUGGUUCAACACAGACGGGGCUGCCCCGGUUUUGGACUAUGACUAUUAUGGAGCCUAUGACAUCAAGGAGAAUGAGAAAUACAAGUACAAGGAUCUUCUGGGCAAAGAGUACACCUUCGACUUCCCUCCACAUCACGAUGUGAUCAAGAAUGAGUGUUUGACCUGCAGACAAGGAGUGGCUGUCUUCAACAUGUCCUACUUCGGGAAGUUCUAUCUAACAGGACCGGACGCCAAGAAGGCUGCUGAUUGGCUCUUCACGGCCAAUGUCAACAAAGACGCAGGCUCCACAGUGUACACCUGCAUGCUGAACAACAGAGGGGGAUCAGAGGCUGACCUGACUGUGAGCAGGCUGGAGCCUGGCACUGCCACCUUGCCCCUGGCACCUCGCACCCAGGGUGAGGAUGGAGAGGGGGAGGGGGAGGAUAUAGGGGGCUAA